AUGCAAAGAUCCAUAGCAGAUUGGGGCGGCAACAUUGCUGCUUUUAUCGUCGUCCUGGUUGCCAAUACCCUCGCUAACGCGGUGCCCCUGGGUGGCCAGACGACCGGCGAGAUAUCCGACAAAUACCCCUCAUUGUUCACGCCAGCGGGUUAUGUCUUCUCCAUCUGGGGUCUGAUUUACCUGACGUUGUUGUUUUUUAUUGUCUGGCAGGCGUUGCCUGCACAGCGUGACAGCGUGUUGUUGAAAACACUGCGGGUUCCGUUCCAGGUCAGCUGUCUGUGCAACGCUGGGUGGAUUUUUGCCUGGCAUUACGAUCAGCUGUUUCUGUCCUUUGCAAUCAUGCUGGGGCUGCUGUGGAUGCUGGUCACCGUCUAUACACGGCUCAAUCUUGAUCGCGCCGCUCAUAACCUGGGUGAGCGCGUUUUCUUAUAUCUGCCGUUCAGCUUGUACACCGCCUGGAUCAGCGUUGCGGUCAUCGCCAAUGCCAGUGCGAUACAGAUUACCUAUGGUUGGAACGAGACAGUUUUCAGCCCGGUUGUCUGGACCGUGUUGAAGCUGGCGGCUGCCGGUACGGUGGCCGUUGGCGUCCUGUUUCGUUUCCGUGAUCCCGCAUGGAUGUUGGUGCUGGCCUGGGCGAGUUUCGGGAUCGCGUUCAGACAUGCCGAAACCUCUGUGGUUUACGGCGCAGCUUUGUUGCUGGGUCUGCUGGGGCUGGGGCUGAUCUUGUCAGACGCAGAUACACCCACACCCGACCCACAUAAAGAUAAGUGGGAUGCGCGGUAUCGCUCAGCCUCGCUGAACUGGUCUGCCCAACCUAAUGUGCUGUUUGCUGAAAUUGUCAAAGAUCUACCGCCAGGUAGGGCUCUGGAUGUGGCCUGUGGCGAAGGUCGGCACGCUUUGUGGCUGGCGGAGCAGGGCUGGCAGGUCACCGCUGUAGAUUUUUCUGCUGUAGGACUGGCCAAGGCCCGGCAAAUUGCUGAACAGCGUGGGCAGAAUGUGCGCUGGCUGCAACACGAUGUCACCCAGCGGAUGGAUGAUCUCGGAUUGUUUGACCUGGUGGCGGUGGUUUUUCUGCAUACAGACCCAUCCAGUCGGAACAUAUGGUUUGCCCAUGUCAGAAACUGUGUCGCCCCCGGUGGGAUGCUGGUUUACAUCGGGCACGAUCCGCGCAAUAUUGAUAGUGGUAGCGGUGGGCCUGAUCGGCCGGAAGUUCUGCCCGAUGCUAGUGAGGAGAGAACGAUGACAACCUACAGGAAUGAGCUGAAUUUGGCGUAUACCGCUUCGUCUGCUGAGUCGUUGCAACCCUUUGAGGCUGCGCUGACGUCUUAUCUUGGUGCGCGUCCAGACGUGAUGGCAAUCCUCGAUGGUUUGCAAAGUGCAGAUCCUGAUAUGUUCAUGGCCCGGGUGUUUCGCGGUUAUUUACUGAAACUCGCCGGGCAUCCGCAGUUCAGCGGCGCGCUCACAGACCUGGUGAAACAACUCGAAGACCAAGUUCGUGCCCAGGCGCUGACCUCGCGGGAACAGACGCACCUGCAGGUCCUGAAGUUCUGGAUCGAAGAUCAAAGCGCAGCAGCGUUGUCUCUGCUUGAACAACUGCUGUUGGAACAUCCGCUGGAUAUGCUGGCGCUGCGCAUAGCGCACUAUCUGCAUUUUUAUGACGGUAGCGGCGCAGCCAUGAGUGCAUCCACCGGGCGUGUGUUGGGUGCAUGGCCGCAGAAUCAUCCGCAUUAUCCCUUUUUGCAGGGUAUGCAUGCCUUUGGUCUGGAGGAGUCGGGUGACUAUGAACAGGCGUUGGCGCUAGGCCAGGAUGCGGUGCAGGCCAACAGUCAGGAUAUCUGGGCGACACAUGCCGUGGCUCAUGUGUAUGAAAUGCUGGGAGAGCAUGAGCAGGGUUUCAACUGGUUGACACAAACUGAACCGGGUUGGAAAGACACGAAUAAUUUUCGUUACCACGUUAUCUGGCACCAGGCGCUUUUCUGCCUUGGGCUUGGUGAACACGACCAGGCACUUUCUAUUUACGAUAACCAGCUGGCAGACAGUGUCGCAGAUGAUUUUUACCUGGAUAUCUGCAACAACGCUGCACUGCUGUGGCGACUGGAAUUCCUGGGUGUGGACGUAGGGGAACGCUGGCAGCCGCUGGUAGAUACCUGUGCCCGUCACUGCAACGACCGCGAAUUGCUGUUUGCUAAUCUGCAUUAUCUGAUUCCGCUGGCGGUCACCUGCGCACCAGCGCUUGAACCCGCGCUUGAAAACCUGUCCGACUGGGCACAAGGCUCUACGGACCAGGCCGUAUUAUGUCGUGAGGUAGGGGUUGCGUUGGCUCAGGCAGUGGCACAGGCACCGCAACAGCCGGAUGCUGCGUUGGAACCGCUGCUGGCGGUUAAAGAUGAAACUUAUCGCAUCGGUGGCAGUAAAGCACAGCGCGAUUUGUUCCGUCUGUUGGGUCGUCACGCUGCUGUACAGGCUGGCCGCGGGGAACUUCUGGCCCAGUUAAGCUGA